AUGCUAACGUUUUACUGUUGCCUCACUUAUAACAAGAGGAAGGCGAAUAGCAGAAUAUUUCAUCUUGAAAUAAGUUAUGAGAUACAAGAGAAUCUUAAAGUGCUGCGUAUCCUAUUUCCUAUUGUAACUUCCCAUUUCGUAGUAUCUGGCACUUUUAUUGGAGGAACUCUACUUAUAAGGUCCCUGCGAGGAGUUCUUCCGUACAGAGCUCUAGUCUUAUCACUUGCUGUGAUUAUGCCAUACUACUUUCUGAUGGUGUCUAUCUGGAUCUAUAUGAUAUUACUUCGCAACGAACGCGAGUCUCUGCUUUUCCGAAAAACCAUUGCACAACGUCCCGAAGCGAACAAGGAUAGCGACGCUUACUUUGACUCGUUGAAGAAUCAGUGGUCAUGA